UAGAAGACCUUCCCACCGUCCUUCAUCUUCUUCAAUUCCUUCAUUCAAUUUUUGUUUCCAUCAAGACUGUCAUGGAUAGGUUGGUGAAGGCAGAUGUUAAAGAAGUAGAAAUAGCCUUCAAAAAGGGCCAAAAGUGCAACACAAGUUUUCGUUUAACCAAUUUGAUGCACACCAUGUCUGUUGCAGUUUCUUUAACCACAACAAACCCAUCUCUCUUCUCUUUUAAUCAGCUUUACUCCAUAAUUCCACCACUCUCUUCUUCAUCAUAUACUCUGAUCCUCUCUCAGCCGUCCGAUCAACCCGCUCUCUCUUUUCCCCCUCAUGCCAUCACUGUCAAAUCUUCGAUGCUUCCGACGGGCAAAGCCCACCAGGACGAUCUCCGCCGUCUGUUCUCCAAACCUGGUCCACAUGUAUUUAAAGACGCCACGAUUCCCAUCUCUUUUGUGGGUCCCCACGUGAUUGAGUUUCUCAUCUCUCAACAUACGCAAAUCCCAGAACUCAAUUCCAUUUUCAACAAAGCAGUUUCUGCUUGCACUGGGUACCAGCUCUCUGUGUUACUCAAAUCCGCCGUCGUGUCAGGAAAUGAAAACUUGGUCACGAAUUUGAUCGAUAAUGGUGCAGAUGUGAAUUACAAAGAUUCUGAUGGACGGUCCAUGAUUUCUUUAGCGGUUAAGAGGGGCCAUAGCGAUGUUGUUAAGUUGUUGAUUGCUUCAGGCUGUAAAGCCAGUGAUUCAAUUGUUCACGUAUUACACGAUGCAGCCGCAAUGAAUAGAGUUGACUUAAUGGAGGUUUUGAUCUCUGCUUUUGGUAAUACCAUCGAUGUGAAUUCGGUUGAUUCAAGUGGGCGAACCCCAAUUCACAUCGCAGCGAGUAAAGGACACGCUCAGGUGAUUCAGUUUUGUGCGUCUCUUGCAGAAGCUCAAACUGUUGUUUUUGAUAAAACCGGGUCAACUCCGCUUCACUUAGCAGCCGAAAAUGGUCGUUUAGAAGCUGUUAAGUGUUUGUUAGAUUGUUCGGAAUAUGUUAAAUACAUACUUAACAAAGAGGGAAAGACUGCUUUUACAGUUGCAGUUGAGAACGGUCACACGCAUCUUUACGAUUUGCUGCAACUGGGUGAUGUGUUGCAACGUGCAGCAAGAGUGGAGGAUAUUCAUGGAUUGAAGAGUUGCCUCGCAGAAGGGGCUAAGGUUAAUGGAAGAGAUCAAAAUGGAUGGACACCGUUGCAUAGAGCGGCGUUUAAGGGUAAAAUUGAGAGCGUCAAACUUUUGCUUAAUCAUGGGGCCAAUGUUGAUCUUGUUGAUGAUGCUGGGUACACGCCACUGCUCUGUGCUGUUAUGGCGGGACAUGUACAAGUUGCGCUUUUGUUGAUUGCCCAUGGGGCCAGAGCCAAUGUAAAAAGUCUUAAACGUUUGGUUCCUCUGAAUUUGGAUUGUUUUAAGAAUCAUGCUUCUCUUACUCUGCUUGCUCAACCUUUGUGUCAUGAGCAAGAAAGAACUUGAAUCGAAUUUGUAAAUACGUUCGCGAUUUUCUAACUGUAUAAUGGAGUCCAAUUACUGUCAUCUUGUGUAUUGAGGAUCGAACUAAAAUUUUGCUUUGAUGUUCUUGCUUAGUAUCGGGUUCAUAUGAGAAAUGUUGUGGAAAGUUUUAAAUUUUAGGCAUUUCAUUUUGGCUAAUCUAGUAGCGAAUAUGUUUAUUUAGCAUUUCUUCACCUUCAUAA